UUCCUGACAUGCAACAGUCCAGUCGGUCCUGACUGAACUCUCUCCAACUCCGGACCAAACUCGUGGAUGAAGUGACUCUCAGAAACCCCACCCCAACGCGUCCCCCGGGUCGGAGUCAAACGUCUCAGCCGGAAUAUAGCGCGAGCCUUGCACCACUUCCGGCUCGGCAGCCUUUACUGUGAAGAAACCGGAAGCGUCUCUACGUCAUCUGGCUUGAUUGAGUGCGCGGAGUGCGGCGCCAGCUGCUGCGCCGUCAGGUGGAUUGUGCUCUGCGCGGUCCGGACUCUUCUCUCCAGGUGACCCCGGGGCUCCGGAGCCAGCGCUGACAUGCUGCGGCAGAGUGAGCCCACGUCCAGCACGCUGGAGCUGGUGGCCAACGACAUGAGCAGCAUCAUGGAGAAGCUGGACACCCGAGAGCUGGACCUCAACGACGGAGUGUACGACACGUCGGACGCCUCGGCGCCAGCCGGACACCUGCCCUUCACCAACGUCUACCAGACCGUGGGCUUCAAGGAGUCGUCCGCCAAAGUCUUCCUCUCGUCUCCCAUCACCGCCAGGAUCCUGGAGGUGGAGCGCUUCACCUCGGCACAAGAUCGCUUCAACGUCACCACGCAGAGGAGCGUCAGCAAGUCCAUGCCGGCGGUCUUCAAGAUCGAGCUCAGGCACGGAGAGUUCUCGUGGCUGGUGAAGAGGAAGGAGAAGAACUUCCUGGACCUGCACCGGGAACUCCGGACCUACAAGACCUUCAUGAGGCUGCCGCUGCCCACGCGCAGCCACACCAUCAAGAGGCAGAGCGCCGCGCGGGACGAGGCGCGGCAGAUGCCCAGCCUCCCGAGGGGCGGGGGCGAGGAGCUGGCACGGGAGGAGCAGGUGUCCAGCCGCAGGAAACAACUGGAGGAUUACCUGAACAACCUGCUGAAGAUGCCCAUGUACCGGAACUACCACGCCACGAUGGAGUUCAUCGACGUCAGCCAGCUGUCCUUCAUCCACGACCUGGGACCCAAAGGCCUGGAGGGCACGGUGCAGAAGAGGUCCGGCGGCCACCGCAUCCCCGGCUUCAACUGCUGCGGCCGCAGCAAGAUGUGCUACCGCUGGUCCAAACGCUGGCUGGUGGUGAAGGACUCCUUCCUGCUCUACAUGAAGCCGGACUCUGGCGCCAUCUCCUUCGUGAUGCUGGUUGACAAGGAGUUCAACAUCAAGAUGGACUCCAAAGACACGGAGACCAGGCACGGCGUCCGCAUCGACAGCCUCUCCAGGUCUCUGGUCCUCAAGUGCAGCAGCUACCGACACGCCCGCUGGUGGGGCCAGUCCAUCGAGGGUUUUGUUCGCAAGUACGGCUCAGCCUUCCUCACCGACCACCGCUUCGGUUCCUUCGCCAGAGAGGAAGUCAACAUUCCUGCCAAAUGGUACGUCAACGGCAAGACCUACAUGGAGGACGUGGCCGACGCCCUGGAGGAGGCCCGAGAGGAAAUCUUCAUCACUGACUGGUGGUUGAGUCCGGAGAUCUUCCUCAAGAGGCCCGUGGUGGAGGGCAACCGCUGGCGCCUGGACUGCCUCCUCAAGCGCAAAGCGCAACAAGGCGUGCGCAUCUUCGUCAUGCUGUACAAGGAGGUGGAGCUGGCCCUGGGCAUCAACUCGGGCUACAGCAAGAAGACCCUGCUGCACCUGCACCCCAACAUCAAGGUGAUGCGUCACCCCGACCACGUGUCUUCAGCCGUCUAUUUCUGGGCACACCACGAGAAGAUCAUCGUGGUGGACCAGUCGGUGGCCUUCGUGGGCGGGAUCGACCUGGCGUACGGCCGCUGGGACGACCUGGAGCACCGGCUGACCGACAUCGGCAGCGUGACGCUGUCACACGCGGAGCAGGCCCAGGCUGCGGCGGCCGCCCUGACCCAGCAGAACGGCGGCCCCCCGCCGGCCGACUCGGGCGACCAGCCCAAGCUGAAGAGCCACGGCCGCCUGAGGCGAGCGCGACUCAGCCUCCGGCGCCACCUGCAGAAGCACGGCUUGGCGCACGCUGACAGCGACAGCGACCUGGAGGACCAAGACGGCAGCAGCUGGGCGCCGCUGCAGUCGGGGGGCGGGGACUUGGUGGGCGACACCAGGUUCUGGCACGGGAAAGACUACUGCAACUUUGUGCACAAAGACUGGAUCCAGCUGGACAAGCCUUUCGACGACUUCAUCGACCGACACGUGACGCCACGGAUGCCCUGGCACGACAUCGCCUCGGUGGUCCACGGCAAGGCCGCCCGCGACGUGGCGCGACACUUCAUCCAGCGCUGGAACUUCACCAAGAUGGUGAAGCCCAAGUACCGCGCCCAGUCCUACCCGUGUCUCCUCCCCAAGUCCCACUCCACAGCCGGGGAGCUGCGGCACCUGGUCCCGAACUGCGUCCAGGCCAAAGUGCAGAUCCUGCGCUCGGCCUCGGACUGGUCCGCCGGCAUCAAGUACCACGAGGAGUCCAUCCACAACGCCUACAUCCAUGUCAUCAGGGAGAGCAAGCACUUCAUCUACAUCGAGAACCAGUUCUUCAUCAGCUGCGCCGACAACAGACACGUCUUCAACAAGAUCGGAGACACCAUUGCAGAGCGCAUCAUCCGAGCCUUCAGGGAGGGAACAAAGUACCGCGUCUACGUGGUGACGCCGCUGCUGCCGGGCUUUGAGGGCGACAUCAACACGGGAGGAGGAAGUGCCAUCCAGGCUGUCAUGCACUUCAACUACAGGACGAUGAACCGAGGAGAGCACUCCAUCAUCUCGCAGCUCAAGAAAGAGAUGGGCGACCAGUGGAUGAACUACCUGUCCUUCGCCGGCCUGAGGACUCACGCUGAGCUGGAGGGCAGGAGGGUGACUGAGCUCAUCUACGUCCACAGCAAGAUGAUGAUCGCCGACGACAACACCGUCAUCAUCGGCUCGGCCAACAUCAAUGACCGCAGCAUGUUGGGGAAGCGGGACAGCGAGGUGGCGGUGAUCGUGGAGGACUCUGAGACCAGCCGCUCGGUGAUGGACGGUCAGGCGUACCAGGCCGGGAAGUUCGCCCUGCAGCUGCGGCUGGCGUGCUUCAGGAUGAACCUCGGCGCCAACACUGACCCCUCCAUCGACGUGUCCGACCCCAUCAGCGACCACUUCUACAAGGAGGUCUGGAUGGCCACCUGUGCUCGCAACGCCUCCAUCUACCAGCGGGUCUUCCGCUGUCUCCCCUCCAGCGACGUGAGGAACCACCUGGAGCUGGAGGGCUUCCUGGCCCAGCCAGGUCUGGACAAGGAAGACCCAGCUCGGGCCGCCGAGGAACUCAAGAAGAUCCGCGGCUUCCUGGUCCAGUUCCCGCUGCAGUUCCUGGUGGAGCAGAACCUGCUUCCCCCCAUUGGAUCCAAGGAGGCCAUGGUGCCCAUGGAGGUCUGGACCUGAGACCAGACCCACCUGGUGGACGCUCUGGAAACGGAGGUUCUCUCUCGUGGUCUGAGUGUCUUGGCUGCCCUCUAGUGGCCUCGGAUGUUUUGCAUGAUUUACCCCAGUAUGACUGUGAAGGUGCAAAGGAGCUCAUCACCGCUUCUCACGCUGGUCCAUCAAUGGUCUGACUGUGCUCUGCUGCCGUCUAGUGGAGGCAGCUGUGAAACCAAAAAAACAGAACUCAGAAGUUGCAUUGCACCAUGGGAAAACAAGCCAUGUACCGUCGCGUCCCCGUCAACUCACACGCCCCCCGGUGCCAUGUUCUCAGCAUGAAGCCUUUGUUCUCUGCGAGCUUGUUGACGCUAAAUCUUUGGGGUUGUUGAGCUUCUCUGUGACGUUUCCAAAGUGUGUGUAUUUCAUCCGACUCCUCCUCGCGCGGCGACGCUCAUUCAAAGUGUCCGACAGAUUGCGUCACGUGUUGAACGCCCCCUAGUGGCGGGUCACUUGUGAGCUACAGAAAAGUGACGGACGCUCGCUGAGCCACUGUUUACGCGACGUCUACUGACCCGACCCAAAUGCUAGCUAUGCAACCCGCUGUUAUUGCUCACAACAGUUUCAGCGCCCUCUCGUGCGCGAGUGAGGAACUAAACAAGCCCCAGAUCGGAUCUGAGAAAAGGAAGACACUGCGCAGCUGUUACGCCUCUGAGUGGCGGUUCAUAUCUGCAAGUGACGUGCAAACUUAAGUCUAUUUGGUUUUGAGGAAAAAACAAAACUGGUUCUGAAGAAAACAAUCGGCCAAUGCUCUGAGUUCGUUUCUGGCGCCCCCUGGUGGCUGUGCUCAUGACAACCGUGCGGAAGAGAGUCGUGUGAAUGUGACUCGGGCUCGGCGGCGAUGUGGUGGUGGGUUAUUUUUGUACUUCCCUGCUGAUGAGCCUCCAGAACAGCGCCAUCCACUGGCAGCUCUUCCGUGGACCCCUGCAGACUGUCGCUUUGACCCUCUCUGGCCUGACACUAUGCAACGGAGGACGAAGAGGAGUCGGACUCUUCCCAGUUUGUUCGCCACGAAACUGACACCCAAGUGCCAACGCCCGACGUGGGCCUGCGACCUCCAGUGGCCUGAGUGGGACGGCUGCCACCCCAGGAAUCACAACAGCAACCAAAUGUUUUGGGUUCACCGCAGGCGUCCGUCGUCACAGGAAGUGGGCGCCCCACUGUGGCGCUCAUGGGCAGGCGGCGGCGGCGGCCCUGGCGCACCGUGGACACUGAAGUGUUGCGCUGCUUGUUGAUCAAUAAAGUUUUGCACGACUAGCGCUGUGACACGUUUGUUGUUGAUGAGCUGUGGAGACCGCCAUCUUUCUUUGGUUCUCCUCGCCUCCAGCAGUGAUGCUCGCGCAGACCUGUCUGUCACAAGGUGGCAGGAGUUUGAUCUGGAAGUCCA